UGGCUCUCACGGCUCAGGGGAAUCUGUCGCCAGCAUCUGAUCCAGGGUCGACGUACAAAACCCAGACCAUGAACCAAAAUAUUAUGUGAACAAGCUAAACCUGAUUCAGGAUCAGCAGUAGAUACUCUGCACCGGUAUUAUUCGCGAUUAGCUAACUGCCUUAGAUAACCUUCGGCGAAUCAACUUCCGCAUUUAUUUUCCUCCGAAAAACGUUUUAGGAUAACACACCAUGGCACAGGCUCUAGCGUCAGUAGUCAGCAACCCGAGUUUAAAACUGGGAAUACUGAAUCGUAUUAUUUUACAGAAAAACGUAAAUGCUCACAUUGCUUGCAGUUUUACGAGUAGUGCACUCAGAUUAUCCAGGGGAAACGUGUGUGUAUGUCCCGGUUUCUCGCUCCACAGAUCACAUGGGCUGGUCAACAGCCCACACGGGAGCCUGGAGUGCAGGGCACUCCACAAAAACCUACUUCGACACGACUGUAACUUUAGAUCAGUCACCUCCAUGCCUCCGCCACCACACUCCGGUGACAAAUCGAACAGAAAGACUGGGCCGGUGACAUGGAAGUCGUUAGCGGUAACAUUUGCCUUUGGUGGAGCACUCCUGGCUGGGAUGAAGUACUUCAAGAAGGAGAAGGAAGAAAUGAUUGAGAGAGAAAGGACGAGGUCGUUGGGGAAGCCAGCACUUGGAGGCCCAUUUUCCCUGGUGGACCACAACAAUGAACCCAGGAAGAGUGAAGACUUCCUGGGCCAGUGGAUCCUGAUAUACUUCGGCUUCACACACUGUCCAGAUAUCUGCCCAGAUGAGCUGGAGAAAAUGAUUGAGGUUGUUGAUGAAAUCGACAGAAUACCAUCUCUUCCAAAUUUAACACCUCUGCUCAUCACAAUUGAUCCUGAAAGGGACACUCCAGAGGCCAUGUCAGCCUAUGUGAAAGAGUUCUCUCCCAAACUGAUUGGAUUGACUGGGACAAUGGAGCAACUGGAUGCAGUUUCCCGUGCGUACAGAGUGUAUUACAGUCAAGGCCCAAAGGAUGAGGAUAACGACUACAUUGUGGAUCACACGAUAAUCAUGUACCUGGUUGGUCCUGAUGGCCAAUUUGUUGACUAUUUUGGCCAGAACAAGAAAAGUGCGGAGAUCUCCUCCUCGAUUGCGUUACAUAUGAGGAAGUACAGACAGGUCAAGUAGGAUUGGCCACAGUGCAUGGCUCAGUGCAAUUCCUGUGCGCCCUUCACAGACUUAAUAUGUGCCCUUCAAGCACUUCCUGUGUGCACAGACUGUACACAUUUUUCAACAGGCUAGUCCCUGUUUUCUCACACCCUACAUUUUUCAAGAAGGUUUGUUUGGAGUUCUUGCAACAUUAAGGAGUGCAUUAAACAUAUGAAUGACAUUCUCUCUCUAUGUGCCAGAUUUUUAACAGAAUCAAGACAGAAGGAUGAAAAAUAUAUUGACUUGAUUUUA